UUCUGGCUUGCCGUCAUGGCCCUGGGUAUGAAAAGGACUUGGCUGGUAAUGAGGUCUCUCACUUGCUGUCCGCCCUCCACCUCUCCGGGACAGAAGGACCAGUACCCAGCAUGUCGGACCAGUCGGCGUUUGACACGGACGUAUGGACCCUGACCCGGUUCGUCAUCGAGACCGGUCGCCAGGCCAAGGGGGCGACCGGUGAACUGACCCAGCUCAUCAAUGCUAUUCUGACUGCUAUCAAAGCCAUCUCCUCUGCUGUGCGUAAGGCAGGCCUGGCCCACUUACAGGGUAUGGCGGGCUCAGUGAACGUGACGGGAGAUGAUGUGAAGAAGCUGGACGUGCUGUCUAACCUCCUGGUUAUCAACAUGCUGCAGGCCUCUUACGGUACCUGCUGCAUGGUGUCUGAAGAGAACAAGGAGGUCAUCGUCACGCCCAAAGAUAAGAGGGGAAAGUACGUGGUGUGCUUUGACCCUCUGGAUGGUUCCAGUAACAUCGACUGCUUGGCUUCAAUCGGCACCAUAUUUGCCAUCUACAAACGGGUCACAGAGGGGGAGCCCACAGAGGAAGAUGCCCUGCAGCCUGGAAACAACAUGGUGUGUGCAGGAUAUGCCCUGUACGGCAGUGCCACACUGGUCGCUCUCAGCACAGGCGCUGGCCUCAACUUCUUUAUGUUGGACCCCGCCAUUGGGGAGUUCAUUCUGACUGAGAGGAACGUGAAAAUAAAGCCAAAGGGGAAGAUCUACAGUGUGAACGAGGGCUACGCCAAGUACUUCCACCCCUCCAUCAACGAAUACCUCAAACAUAAAAAGUACCCAGAGGACGGCAGCGCUCCAUAUGGAGCUCGGUAUGUGGGCUCCAUGGUGUCGGAUAUUCAUCGCACCAUCACCUACGGAGGGAUCUUCAUGUAUCCGGCCAAUGAGAAGAGCCCCAAAGGAAAGCUGCGGCUGCUGUACGAGUGUAACCCCAUCGCUUUCCUCAUCGAGCAAGCAGGAGGCCUCUCCACCACCGGCACCCAGAGGAUAUUGGACGUUCAGCCUGAAUCAAUCCACCAGCGGGUGCCCUUCGUGGCUGGAUCCCAUGAUGACGUCAACGAGUACCUGUCUUUUGUCCAGAAGUACCAGUAGGCUUGAGUAUAACAAGUGCUCUCCAAGUAUUUCAAUAUUGAAAGGUCAAAAAAAGCUUAUUAAUAAGACAUGUCAAGAGAUUAUUUUUGGACUUAAGAAAAGGACAAUCAGGAAGAAAACCACGACACUGCUCACUGUACACUACAGCCUGUUGUUGCACGUCUUCUUUUGACAUGCCCUCCAACAUUUUCCUAAGAAAUGAAUAUGUUUUGUUCAGUCCAACAUUAUAAAUAUAUGUUUUUUCUUUUAAAGCAGCUCAAUUUGUCUGAAUUCCCUGAAUUACAACACUUUUUCUCAGUUUGCACAACGUGUGUUAUAAAGGUAUGUCCAGUUUCUCUUUGACUUAAAAUGAUGUAUUUUAGUGUCGUUUAAACCAUGAAAUGAAUUUGUUCUCCAGUAUUUUAAUAUACCAACUCUGCCAUAUAAACUGAAUUAAAGCUGCACAUCUCAUUUCCAGUCAUACAUUUAUAUUCAUUUGAAAUUGAGAAGAGUCCAGGAAUUUAAGCAGAAAGCAAAAAUAACUUCCAACAAAUCCAUUCUGUGUUUCUUUAAUUGUUUCCUUGUUUCUAUCUCUGUUACCUUAGUUUGUUUCCUUUUCUCCUUGAUCAUUUCACCCAUUGUUUCCUUCUUCUAUGUCAAAUAAUUUCCUUGUUUUGUUCUUUUUUCAUUCACAUUUUGUUGUGUUUCCUACUUCCCUUCUUUUAUCAGUCCUGAUGUCUUUACUGUCUCUUCUUUCCCAGACUUUUCUUCUUCUUUGAGUCAUUUCAUUUUCUUUCUUCUCUCUUUCCUCUCUUGAUUCAUUUCAUUUCCAUUUUAUAUUCCUCUUACUCUUCUUCCUGCUUUCCUCCCUUCCAUGUCCUUCCUUUCCUCCUUUUGUUUAUUUAUGUCAUGAAAAUAAAACAGUGCCCUGAGUAGACCCUCCUCAAAGUAAA